AUGGUACUCUCUUAUAUCAUAACUGUGAUAAACUACAUUGAUAAGAGCUGGAUUACAAAGCCACGAUGUAGUGUAGAAUAUAGGGAUGGUCUGAAUAGGUUCCUUGACUUCGCAUUUACCAAUGCAUCAUCCGAUGGGAUGAUACAUUGUCCAUGCCCUUUGUGUGGGUUCCGAUUUUUCCAAACUAGAGAGGAUGCCUACGAUCAUCUUCUGAUGAAACCCUUUCUCCCUAACUAUACCUUUUGGUUAUAUCACGGUGAGAGGAUCGUAGACGAGAGAUCCAGCGGCAGGGAAGAACUAGAACCCACUGUAAACUUAGGAGAUCAAAUGCGUGACAUGGUCCACGACGCAUUCAACUUGCCGGGACUGCAGAGUGACGAUGAAGACUCGAUGAAUGGGCAUGUCAGAGACGUUGCAGAGGGGUUGCCGUACUUAUCAGACGAACCUAGCCGCGAGGCUCGUGCCUUUCACGACUUACUGGAGGAUGGCGAGCAGGAAUUGUAUCCGGGAUGCUCAAAAUUCUCGAAGCUGUCUUUCUUGGUGAGGUUGUACCAUAUUAAGUGCAUGUGCAGAGUGAGCGACAAGGCUUUCGAUUUGAUUCUAGAGCUAGUGGGGGAUGCCUUUGAGCAUGCAGUGAUUCCGAAGAUGUUACACGAUGCCAAGAGGAUCAUAAGGAAGCUCGGUAUUGAGUAUAAGAAGAUAGAUGCAUGUCCAAAUGACUGCAUGCUGUAUCAGGGCCCCGAUCAAGACCUGUCUAGAUGCAAACGGUGUGGAGCAUCCAGGUGGAAGCAAAAGACCCGAAAGAAUUUCUUAGUAAGGAUCAACGCCGUUGUCAAGAAGAAUGGGAAACCUCUACCGGCGAAGAUUCUCCGUUACUUUCCUCUGAUUCCACGGUUGCAGCGAUUAUUCAUGUCCAGCAAGACAUCUGUGGACAUGUUGUGGCACAAGAGAGGAACCAACUCUGACGGUACUUUGAGGCAUCCCAGGGACGGAGAGGGUUGGAAAGCAUUUGACAGGAGAUAUACUGACUUUUCUGGUGAUCCGCGCAAUGUUCGCUUAGCCCUGGCCAGUGAUGGCUUUAAUCCUUAUGGAAACCUCAGUUGA